AUGUGGUCGCGCCGACACGCCAGGACCAGUCUCUUGACUGUCGGUCUCAAGAGGGUGACGCCUGGCCGAGCCAUUUGCUUUUCGGUCGUCAGGUCGUUGGUACAACCGGAUUUUGUCAGGCUCGUCUACACAUUCACUACAUGUCAACACGUCUGUCUGCCACCGCCUAACGACUGUAACCAAGACCACGACCUUAUCAUUAUGCGAACGAUUGUUUUGCUCUACUCCAAAGUCGUUGGAGCGUUUGGCUCAAACUCGUCUGGCGAGUCUACCAAAUCGAAUAAAAUACCAUUUCAGAUUGGUCACCACGAAUGA